AUGAUGUACUACCCGCGGCAGCGCAUCACGAGCCGCGGCGUGCAGUACCGCAAGCUGUCCUGCGCGGGCCACGCCGUGCCGUCGGAGGCGGUGGUAGAAGAGUUCUGCGCCGUCGUCAAGGAGUUCCAGCAGGCGCGGCCCGGCAGCCGCGCGCUCAUCGGCGUGCACUGCACGCACGGCCUCAACCGCACGGGCUUCCUCGUGUGCUCGUACAUGAUCCGGCGGCUGGGCUUCGCGCCGGCCGACGCCAUCGCGGCGUUCGAGGCGGCGCGCGGCCACCGCAUAGAGCGACCGCAGCUGGUGGCGCGCCUGCACGACAUGCCGCGCGGCGACCCCGGCGCCCCCUGCGUGCGCCGCGCCAACUACGACUGA